AUGAUUCGUGAUCAAUGCAAGACUUUCUGCCGCUGCUCCUACUGCGAGCAGCAGAAAGGACGCCAAGGCCAUAUUCCCGGCAGCACCAGGCUCCGUAGCUGCGCCGGGCGCAGCGUGGAUGAAUUGUAUCUCCGCACCCUCAACGAGAGUCUGCGGGCGAAGAGCCUGAUGGCGAGCUCGAAGAACGCGCACAAGUUCAAGCCCGAUGAGAUGCUGCAGAGCACCCGAGGUGAAAUGGCGAGAGCAGCGCUGACGGUACCGGUGCGCCGCCGUGACCGUCUGCAGGAGCUCCUCAUCCUAGAGAACAAGGAGCGCAUCAAGGCGGAGCGGCAGCUGCGCCGUGACCGUCGUGCUGCAGGGCUGCCGGACGAGGACAUGGACGCCACGCGGGACUGCGCUGUCGGCACGCAGGACGACUUCCCCGACGUGACAGUGGUGGAACAGACGAAUGACGCCUGCAACAUUGUGCAGCCGGCCUGCUCCGCGGAGGAGGACCUCUACGAGGCGCUGCAGACCAUAAAGGACAUUACCGACGAUCACGCCACUGGUGGCGCGAGCAAACCGCUUACUUCAGAGCACGUCACAAAGCUGCGCCGCCUUGUUCGGAAGCAGGAUGAUAAGACGAAGAAAAUGAUCGCCGAUUGCCCGCUGCAGCCACACACAUGCGGUCACUGCUUUGCCGUCAACGUCCAGGGCAAGCACACCUGCCAGCUGCCCCCACCGCAGCUAGUGACAGAGUCGAUGCUUCCGUCUCUGCAUGGCAGUACCACACGGCGCUUUAAUUACGACUCGCACCCGUACGGCUCCGGUGUGGUGUGGCUCCCCAUCGACCCCAAGGGCGAAACUUGUGUGUCAGGAAAGCGCGGCAGCACAGAGGCAGCUGACAAGGCUGACGCAGAGUACCAAUACCCAGGAAGCACCUACAACAAGUACCACCACAGCACCAAGGCACCGGCGGACACUGCAGCGCGGGAGGCGGUGUCACCUGCCGCUGGCGAGCCCAACAUGUUUGACGAAUCCGGCAACUCGAUCAAGGGCGCCGACGCGGUGAAUGGAAAAACUGUAUGUGCUGAAAAGACCGUCGCGGCGACGGAGCCGCUGCAGUACAAGAGCACCGCUGCGCUGUGGCGCACCACCAACCAAGAACGGGAAGCGCAGGCGAAGCACUUUUUGGAGUUCAAGAAGUUGCAAGGUGAUGCGUCUCGUGUCUACGCUGAGGGUGCCAUUAAGCGUCGCGUUAAUGCCUAA